UCAAAUAUGAUUGUGGCCCACGCACACAUACAUUUCUGAUGAAGUGACCAAUGCAGAAAAACUUUGACACCCCCGGUCUAAAUAGAUGGUGAACAAAAUGAGACCAAUGUGGAUCAGACACAGUUAUGAUCAGUAGUCAGUCUGUUUUAGGAACCUAAACAAGAUGAUUAUUUCUCAUCACAAUGGGAUUCUACAUGAAGACUGUUGACAGUCCAGCAAGGAAAUAUGAAGACGAAUAAUACCAUCCAGGCUGCCAUUGACCUGACAGCUGGAGCCUUAGGUGGGACAGCCUGUGUUCUGACUGGACAGCCAUUUGACACUGCCAAGGUGAAAAUGCAGACGUUCCCGAAUCUGUACAAAGGCCUAAUAGACUGUGCAGUGAAGACGUACAAACAUGUGGGUUUCAGAGGCUUCUACAAGGGGACCAGUCCAGCUCUUCUUGCCAAUAUAUCAGAGAACUCUGUGCUUUUUAUGAGCUAUGGUUUCUGUCAGAGAGUUGUGAGGAGAAUUGUGGGCCUGGAGAAGAAAGCACCUCUAAGUGAUGUCCAAAACGCAAUCGCGGGCUCCUUUGCAGCAGCAUUUGCCUCGUUCGCCCUUUGUCCCACAGAACUGGUGAAGUGCCGUCUUCAGGCCAUGCAUGAAAUGCAGCUAUCUGGAAAGGUUAUAGAAGGGCACAAUACAGUGUGGUCAGUGGUAAAGAAUAUCUUGAGCACAGAUGGUCCAAUGGGUUUGUAUCACGGACUCUCCAGCACUAUGCUCAGAGAGGUUCCAGGCUAUUUUUUCUUCUUUGGAGGCUAUGAAUUAAGUCGCUCAUUUUUCACAAGAACAGGAAAAUCUAAAGAGGAGUUAGGUAUAGUUCCACUGAUGGUUAGUGGAGGAUUUGGAGGGAUCUCGCUGUGGCUGGUGGUCUUCCCAGUGGACUGUGUUAAAUCUCGGAUCCAAGUCCUCUCCAUGACAGGAAAACAAGCCGGAUUUAUAAGGACAUUUUUGAAAAUUUUGAGAAGUGAAGGCAUCGUGGCUUUAUACUCUGGCCUGAAGCCAACAUUAAUCCGAGCUUUCCCAGCCAAUGGAGCGCUCUUUGUAGCCUAUGAGUACAGCAGGAAGUUUAUGAUGCAGCAGUUUGAAGACUAACGUAUAUGACAAUGUUAUGAGGGGACCUUACACUAAUACGGAGACAAAGGAUCUCCAAGAUGUUCCUCACAUUCCGAGUGCCAUGUACUCGCCCAUCAUAAUUGUCAGUUCCAUUAUAGUGUGAACUUUAUAGAUUCUACUGUGUCUCAAGUCUUACUAUUAGGGUAUGGCAUGUCUUGUAUGCAUAGAUAUUAGCUUUAUAAAAGGGGCACAAUGUGACUUUGUUUUAUAAUAAACAUUAAAAUGUUAUUUCAUUUAAUUUGA